AUGGAAGGAAAGGAAGAGUCAUGCAUUUACAAAAACCCAGACGCGCCAGUGGAGGCGCGUGUUCAAGACCUUCUCUCUCGGAUGACUCUGAUGGAGAAGAUCGGCCAGAUGACUCAGAUCGAACGAGCCGUCACUACACAUGCCGGCAUUACAGAUUCCUUCAUCGGUAGUAUACUAAAUGGCGGAGGGAGUUGGCCGUUCGAGGACGCGAUGUCGUCGGACUGGGCAGAUAUGAUCGACGGUUACCAAAACGCAGCGUUAGCGACGCGUUUGGGAAUCCCUAUAAUCUACGGCAUUGACGCCGUCCACGGCAACAACAACGUCUACGGAGCCACUAUAUUUCCCCACAACAUAGGCUUCGGAGCCACCAGAGAUGCAGAUUUGAUCAGAAGAAUCGGGGCUGCAACAGCACUUGAAGUAAGGGCCAUUGGCGCUCACUGGGCGUUUGCUCCAUGCGUGGCCGCUUUGACAGAUCCCAGAUGGGGACGAUCCUAUGAGUGUUACAGUGAAGAUACUAAUACUAUAUGUGAGCUGACAUCGCUUGUCUCUGGUCUUCAAGGCGAGCCACCCAAAGAACACCCUAAUGGUUACCCUUUUCUUGCAGGAAGAAACAAUGUGGUGGCGUGUGCCAAGCACUUUGUUGGAGAUGGUGGUACAGAAAACGGCACAAACGAAGGGAACACUAUUGCAUCAUACGAAGACUUGGAGAGGAUACAUGUUGCUCCGUAUCUGAAUUGUCUUGCUCAGGGAGUCUCUACGGUUAUGGCUUCUUACUCAAGUUGGAACGGAAGUAAACUUCACUCUGACUACUUCCUCUUAACAGAACUUCUCAAACAGAAACUCGGUUUCAAGGGAUUUGUUAUUUCGGACUGGGAAGCUUUGGACAGGCUUAGCGAGCCAUUCGGUUCGAACUACCGAAACUGUGUCAAAAUGUCAGUCAAUGCUGGAGUCGACAUGGUGAUGGUCCCUUUCAAGUACGAACCGUUCAUUCAAGACCUCAAAGAUUUGGUGGAGUCAGGGGAAGUACCGAUGGCUCGGAUCGAUGACGCUGUUGAGAGAAUAUUAAGAGUGAAAUUUGUCGCCGGUCUUUUCGAACACCCUCUUGCAGACCGGUCUUUGUUGCCUACUGUAGGUUGCAAGGAACAUAGAGAAUUGGGGCGUGAAGCGGUUAGAAAAUCUUUAGUUCUGCUAAAGAACGGCAAAAAUGUUGAUAAACCAUUUCUGCCACUAGAUCGCAAUGCCAAGAGGGUUUUAGUGACUGGAACGCACGCAGACGAUCUUGGAUAUCAGUGUGGAGGAUGGACAAAGGCAUGGUUUGGGCUAAGCGGUCGAAUCACAAUCGGCACGACGCUUUUGGACGCCAUUAGAGCAACAGUUGGAGAAGAAACUGAAGUCGUCUACGAGAAGAUUCCUUCAGAAGAAACCCUAGCCUCGGUUCAGGGCUUCUCAUACGCAAUUGUCGCGGUGGGAGAAACUCCAUAUGCAGAGACAUUGGGAGAUAACUCGGAACUCACGAUACCUUUAAACGGUAGCGACAUUGUGACCGCGGUUGCAGAGAAAAUCCCGACGCUAGUGAUGUUGUUCUCAGGACGGCCUGUGGUUCUUGAGCCGCAUGUUCUUGAAAAGACUGAGGCUUUGGUUGCUGCUUGGCUGCCUGGAAGCGAAGGGCAAGGGAUGGCUGACGUCAUAUUUGGAGAUUAUGACUUUGUAGGGAAGUUACCGGUGAGCUGGUUCAAACGUGUUGACCAGCUGCCGAUACACGCUGAUGCCAAUGAGUAUGAUCCGUUGUUUCCUUUUGGUUUCGGUCUCUAG